AUGCUGAAGAACCUUCGCCGACGAGUUUUUGAGGAUAUUACUUUUAACACAGCGGUUGCGAAAAAUAACUGUCUUAUAACAUUUUGCUCACAAGAUUGCUUCUCGAUUUUCAAUGCGUGUACACUCAAGCGGAGUACCUAUUGUUUCGAAACCUCUUCUCGCUGUAAUAGCGUAGAUUUCGCUGAGAAUGAUGGGCAGAUAUUUUUGUCCGGUGAUUUUGAUGGGACAAUGAGACUUUGGGAUAUUAGAAAUCCCCGAAGACCUUCAUGUGUUUCGGAGGCUGGUCGGAACUUUUUACCUAAAGGUGGUUCAUUCAAUACUUCCGCUAUAAGUUCCGAUGGUCGCUACAUCUGUGCUGGCACUUGCGCAAUUAAAGGCAAACGCAAAAGUAAUUGCACGAAUCUAGGGCCAGGAUCUAAACGUCGCCGUCUUAACCAAUCGGUUGAACCAGAAAAUUUGGAAGAUAUUUCUGAUUGUGAGUUUUCCCCUUCUGCCUACAUUUUGUGUUGGGAUACACGGCAAAUGGUACAACCACUGUUGGUCCUCGAUGAUAUUCAUUCCGACGAUGUUAACCAUAUUGUCUUUGAAAAUGAUACGUCCAGGUUCCUUAGUGCUGGUAAUGAUUGUCUAGUCUGCUUAACGGAUGUCAGAGCAUCUCCAGACGAUCGACUUAUCGAUACAUUCAAUACAGAGGGCCCAGUUAAUUUCUGCGAUUUUCUUGGUUCGAGCGAUGGAGUCUACGCUUUCAACAAUAUGCACUCUAGAUUCUGCGCCUGGUCUCUAGACUCCGAAGCUGACUUUUCGGAAUGGAAGACGCUGAAGCAGCCUGCAGCCACACGUUUCCUACUCUCCGCGUUUCGAUUACCUACGCCUGAACUUUCGGCUUGCCUUCUUAGUACAUCAGCGGUUAAACAGGAUCUGCGAUUGUCCGUAGUGAAACUUGGAGAUGCUCAAAUUGUUGGCAAGACGAGGUUGUUCAAAAAGGAAUCCAAGCUGGAUUCAGAUGCGUUUUAUGCUCGCGUUGUAACGCCUAUGCAAUCAAUCGAUGAUUCAUUUGAUAUUUUAGUGGUCACUAAGCAUUCUGUUCAACGACUGCAAGCAAGAUUAUCGUAG